GGGGGCUGCCAGCGGGGCCCCCCCGCACCGGCAGCGCCGCCACGCGUCCCCGGCCGCGCAGGGCCCGACGGGAGCUGUAGUCCUGAGGCAGCAGCGCUGCGAAGCCCUUUCGGCGGCGAGGACUACAGCUCCCAUCGUGCCUCGGGGCGGCCCCCCCACAGCCUCCCCCCCCCCCCGUCUCCCCUGCCUGGCACCGCAGCUGCGAGCGCGGAGCGGGGCCGGGGCCGGGGCGAAGGGGCUGCGCGAUGUGGCUGAAGCCCGAGGAGGUGCUGCUGAAAAAUGCCCUCAAGCUGUGGGUGCAGGAGCGCUCCAACCAGUACUUCGUGCUGCAGAGGCGGCGGGGCUACGGCGAGGAGGGCGGAGGCGGGCUGGCAGGUCUUCUCGUGGGAACAUUAGAUGCAGUGUUGGACUCUACAUCAAAAGUGGCCCCGUUUCGCAUCCUGCACCAGACUCCAGACUCUCAGGUCUACUGGUCCAUCGCGUGCGGAUCCAGCAGAGAAGAAAUAACAGAACACUGGGAGUGGUUAGAACACAAUGUUAUGAAGACCUUAUCUGUAUUUGAUUCAAAUGAAGAUAUUACGAGCUUUGUCCAGGGAAAGAUAAGAGGUUUGAUUGCUGAAGAGGGGAAAAGUUCUUUUGUAAAAGAGGAUGAUCCUGAGAAGUUUCGUGAAGGUCUUAUGAAGUUUGAGAAGUGUUUUGGAUUGCCAGAGCAGGAGAAGUUGAUAACCUAUUACUCGUGCAGUUACUGGAAGGGCAGAGUGCCCUGUCAAGGAUGGCUUUAUCUUAGUACCAACUUCCUUAGCUUUUACUCAUUUUUGCUUGGAGCCGAAGUAAAACUUAUUAUCUCCUGGGAUGAAAUAUCAAGACUUGAGAAGACUUCCAAUGUGAUUCUGACAGAGAGCAUUCAUGUAUGCUCCCGUGGGGAAGAUCAUUAUUUUUCCAUGUUUUUGCACAUUAGCGAAACAUUCCUUCUUAUGGAGCAGCUGGCAAACUAUGCUGUUAGGAGACUUUUUGACAAAGAAACAUUUGAGAAUGAUCUAGUCCUUCAUGACCCUCUGCAAAUCACCAAGAGAGGCCUAGAGAGCCGUGCCCACAGUGAGCAGUUUACUGCAUUCUUCAGGCUACCUAAAGAAGAGACCUUGAAGGAAGUUCAUGAGUGCUUCUUAUGGGUUCCUUUCAUUCAUUACAAUACUCAUGGAAAAAUGUGCAUUUCAGAAAACUACAUCUGCUUUGCUAGCCAGGAUGGCAGCCUGUGCAGUGUGAUCAUUCCACUAAGAGAGGUCACAGGGGUGGAUAAGGCAGAUCCAGCCAGCAGAGGAGUCAGCAUUAGUACCAAAGGAAAAACAGCUUUUCGUUUCACGGAGCUUAGAGAUUUCGAACAGCUUGUGGCAAAGCUCAGAAUGAAAUGCAAUGCACCUUCAAGUCCACAGCACAUCAUAACUACAGAGGUUGCAGCUGGUUCUGCCUCUGAUCAUAGGAAGGAUUUUGAUGCAGGACCAUCAAAGAUGGGUCAGAGAGAUAACAGCAAAACAGUCGGUACAGAAGCCUUAAUGACUGUCUACCAUCCUCAGGAUGCUGAGAAUCUUGACUCUAAAAUGUUGAAAGAAAAAAUGAAGGAGCAGUCAUGGAACAUCCUCUUUGCCGAACGGGGACAUGGUGUCAGUAUGUUUCGAACAAAGAAGACUCGAGAUCUGGUUGUAAGAGGGAUCCCAGAGGCCUUAAGAGGAGAGCUCUGGCUGCUCUUCUCAGGUGCUGUAAAUGAUAUGGCAUCCAACCCUGGUUAUUACACCGAGUUGGUGGAAAAGUCCUUAGGAACGUGCACUUUGGCUACUGAUGAGAUUGAACGGGAUUUGCGUCGCUCCUUACCCGAGCAUCCUGCUUUUCAAAGUGACACGGGAAUUUCUGCACUCAGGAGAGUUCUUACAGCUUAUGCAUACAGGAAUCCUCAAAUUGGAUAUUGUCAGGCAAUGAAUAUUCUGACAUCAGUGCUUCUACUGUAUGCUAAAGAGGAGGAAGCCUUCUGGCUUUUGGUUGCUGUGUGUGAAAGGAUGCUCCCCGAUUACUUCAAUCGUCGAAUCAUUGGUGCCUUGGUAGAUCAGGCAGUGUUUGAGGAGCUCAUCAGGGUUCACCUGCCUCAGUUGACAGACCACAUGACGGACAUGACUUUUUUCUCCUCGGUCUCUCUCUCCUGGUUCCUUACCCUUUUUAUCAGUGUGUUGCCUAUUGAAAGUGCAGUCAAUGUGGUGGACUGUUUCUUCUAUGAUGGAAUAAAGGCAAUCUUGCAGCUGGGCCUCGCAGUGCUGGAAUACAACAUGGAGAAGUUGCUCACUUGUAAGGAUGAUGCAGAAGCAGUCACCGUUCUCAACAGAUUUUUUGACAGUGUCACUAACAAAGACAGUCCUUUGCCUCCAGCUGUGCAGCAAGGCUCCAACCUCAGCGAUACAAAGAGUGACCACCCCAAAGUGGACAUCACUGAUUUGAUUCGAGAGUCAAAUGAAAGAUACGGUGAUAUUCGCUAUGAGGAUGUGGAGAGCAUGCGCUGCAGGAACAGGCUUUAUGUGAUCCAGACCUUGGAAGCUACGACCAAGCAGAAUGUGCUACGUGUUGUGUCUCAAGAAGUAAGAUUCAGUCCUAGUGAUCUUGAAGAGCUUUAUGAAUUGUUCAAGAAGGAGCACUUUCUUUCCUGUUACUGGAGCGUAAACAGUCCUGUCUUGCAACAUCAUGAUGCCAGUCUGCCGUAUCUUGAGCAGUAUCGGAUUGAUUGCCAGCAGUUCAGGGUUCUCUGUCAUCUCCUGAGCCCCUGGUCACACUGUGCAAACAGAGACUCACUUGCACUGUGGACGUUCAGACUAAUGGAUGAGAGCUCCGAUUGCCUUAUAAACUUCAAACAGUUUGCCUGUGUCCUUGAUACCAUGUAUAAUGGAAGCUUCACUGACAAACUCAAGCUUCUUUUUAAGUUGCACAUCCCUCCAGCUUUUACUGAAAUAGAAUCUCUAAGCCCUUCCAAAGGGGAUGAUCUUUCAAAAGAUGAACUGAUUCACUUCAGCCAACUCAAUGUUUCAUCCAUUGGGGAUAGUCUUGGAAGUGGUUCUUUGAAGAGCAGCCCAGAAAAAGCGAAGGGGAAGGUUGAUAUUCAGGCAUAUCUGAAGCAAUGGCAAGAUGAACUUCUUAAAAAAGAAGAAAACAUUAAGGAUUUGCCAAGAAUGAAUCAGUCUCAGUUCAUCCAGUUCUCAAAAACUCUGUACAAUCUGUUCCAUGGGGAUCCUGAGGAGGAGCUGUUAUAUCGGGCUAUCGCGGUGGUUACCAGCCUCCUGCUGAAAAUGGAAGAAGUUGGGAGAAGGCUGCAGAGUCCUGCAUCACCAGUCCCAAGUCCAGUUCACAUUACAGAGGUGCCUGCUGAAAUCCCCAGGGAAGGGCAGGAGGAAAGCAGCUCAGAGCAGACUGAAGGCAGUAGAGCACAGAGUUUGAGAGGGAACCAUGAAUGGUCUUUUGCCUUUGAACAGAUUCUGGCAUCCUUAUUAAAUGAGCCGGCCUUUGUGAGAUUUUUUGAAAAACCUCAUGACAUAAAAGUUAAAAUAGAGAGUGCUAAAAAUUUACAACUUAAAGCAAGAACCAGAGUGUAAUUUUCUUUACCUUUGACUCUGAAUUAACCACAAAGCGCUUACAAAUGAAGGUUGCAACUAAGGAAAUCAAGUCUGGUGUUUACAUAGAGAAAGACAUUUGCAGAGUUAGCUUUAAAUAUCAGAUUACUGGUAUGUAAUGUAAAUAAAAAUAGUUUGAAGCACAA